AUGGCAGGUGACCCCUCGAGACGUAAUCAGAGUCUAUAUUACGCGUACCACCAAGAGCCAGGUCACACCACCAAUGAUUGCAGGAAUCUAAGAAACCAUUUGAACCGGCUCGUUCGGGAAGGGAAGUUAAGGCAUCUGUUGCAUCGUCCUGAAGGAUGGCAGAAACAGUCAAACAUUGAAACCAGACAAAGUACAUUGAGGCCACCCCUGGGCACCAUAAAUGUCAUUCUCGCCGCACCUGGAAGGACCGAUUCUAGCCCCUCCAGAGUAAUGUCAGUGGGCAGAUUCCCGACCGAGCCGGACGAUAGGGAGUCUAAGAGAGCCAAAGUAACUGCCUCGCCUUUAAUCGGGUUCUCGGAUGAGGACAAACAAGGAACCCUACAACCCCACGAUGAUGCCCUAGUUGUCACGCUCAGAAUUGGAGGUUAUGACGUAAAAAGAGUGUUGGUUGAUCAAGGCAGCGCCGUGGAAGUAAUGUAUCCUGACUUGUAUAAAGGAUUGAACUUGAAGCCAGAGGACUUGUCGGCAUACGACUCCCCUUUGGUCAGUUUUGAAGGAAAAACCGUCAUCCCCAAAGGCAUGAUUAGGCUGCUUGUACAAACAGAUUCAGACGUGGUGGAGGUAGACUUCAUUGUAGUCGAUGCGUAUUCCCCCUACACGGCCAUCGUGGCCCGACCAUGGCUUCAUGCACUAGGGGCUAUGUCAUCGACUUUACACCAAAAAGUGAAGUAUCCAUCAGGAGGGCGAGUGAAAGAAGUCGUUGGGAACCAAGGAAUGGCUAGGCAAUGCAUGGUGUCGGCAAUCUCAUGA